UUGAGCUUCAGAGAACACACACACACACACUCACACACACACUCGACUCGACGGCGUCUGAAGCCUGCGCCCGUCACACACAUCCAGGAGAUCCUCAGAGAGCCGAGGCGGAUCAUGAUGGUGUCGAGGCCGGUGUCCGCCGGGAUCGUCCUGCUGUCCAUGGCACCUGUGUCAGAAGCAAUGUCGCCUCACGACCCGCACAACUGCUACAUUCUGGACGGCCUUCUGCUGAUGUACGGGAUCAUCAUCACUGCGUUCUUCGUGCACGCUCGAUUCGUCAGGAAGAGAAGCAAAGCAGACGACGCAGAGUCUCCGUAUCAGGCCAUUAACCCCAGUGGGAAGGAGGUGUACAGUAACCCGAAGCACAGCGCUGAAGGGGGUCGCAGGAGAGGAGGAGACGACACCUACACGCCUCUGACCAGAAAGGCAGACGACACGUAUCGUGAGAUCGAGCCCAGAGGAGACCGUCGUCGGGAUCAGGUUUAUCAGGGUCUGAGCUCCAUGACUAAAGACACGUAUGACUCUCUGCACAUGCAGCAGAUUAACCCGCCGCCUCGCUAGAAGCUCGUCUAACCCUCGUCAGGACAGUCCAUUCCCGAGUCCAUUCCUGAGUCCAUUCCCGAGUCCGUUUCACAGUCCACUCCCAUGCCAUCCCUAAAUCCGGUGUUCGGACUUUUCAUGCUACCCAUCGAGAUUUGCUACUUACCGGUUAUGCGCAUGUGCAGACUCACAGUUUUUUUUUUUUUUUUA